AUGACUCAACAAUGUGACCUUUGCCUCCAGACCAACCCCAAAAAUACUCCCAAACCAAAACUUAGCCAGACUAGGAAGGGUCAUGGGCCGGGGCAGCAAUGGCAGAUUAAUUUCACAGAAUUGCCAAGAAACGGGGGGUAUAAGUUUUUACUAGUGCUAACAGAUACCUUUUCAGGAUGGCCAGAAGCAUUCCCCACCAGGACUUCUAAAGCUCGGGAAGUAACUAAGGUGCCCAUGUGCAGCCACAGCAAAUGCCCAACAGCAGCUCCAUCAGCCACUUCCUCCUACUGGCACUGGCAGGAGCUGCAGCUCCUGCACUUCUGCCUCUUGCAGGGCAUCUCCCUGGCUGCCCUCCUGGGCAACGGCCUCAUCAUCAGCGCCGGAGCCUGUGGCCACCACCUGCACAUGCCCAUGUUCUUCUUCCUGCUCAACCUGGCCCUCAGCGACCUGGGCUCCAUCUGCACCACUGUCCCCAAAGCCAUGCACAAUUCCCUUUGGGACACCAGCACCAUCUCCUACAAAGGAUGUGCUGCUAAAGUUUUUCUGCUUAUGUUCUUCCUUAGAACAGGGUUUUCUCUCCUGACCAUCAUGUGCUACAACUGCUACGUGUCCAUCUGCAAACCCCUGCACUACGGGACCCUUCUGGGCAGCAGAGCUUGUGCCCACAUGGCAGCAGCUGCCUGGGCCAGUGCCUUUCUCACUGCUCUCAUGCACACAGCCAAUACAUUUUCCCUGCCCCUGUGCCAUGGCAAUGCCCUGGGCCAGUUCUUCUGUAAAUCCCACAGAUCCUCAAGCUCUCCUGCUCACACUCUAAUGUCAGGGAAGUUGGGCUUAUUUUGCUAA